AUAAUUUUAUUGAUGCAAAUAACAAUGGCCUUCAAUUUAAAGUUAUUAUAACUGAUUGCGGUCCUGUAUAUGUUCGAAGAUACCUCUACCAAAUCAACUAAAUUAAGGAAUUAUACAGCCUACAGCCUUCUUUCACGGUAUACAGUUAGUUUUAAACUGAAAGGUACAUUUAUACCAGUAGACGCUCAUCUUCCAAACUUGAAACCGCAUUCUAGUGACCUCUUGAAAAUGACAACAUGAACUCGCUGUGGUUACUAUUUUUGUUGCGUGUACUGAUAAGUGCUACAAGUGCUUUUAGGAUUUUAAUUGUUUCGCCGUUACCAUCAAGAAGUCAUUAUAUACUUUGCCGCGGAUUGGCUGAUGGAUUAGUUAAAUCUGGACACGAUGUGACUUUUAUUACACCCUUUGAGUUCAAACCUCCAACGGGAAAUGGGACUUUUAAGAUUGUGGUUGUACCUAACUGUAUGGCUGAAUUACAUGCUGAAGGAGAUUAUAACUAUUUCCAGUCAGAACAAAUGCAUCCUUUCUACAGUGUACCAAUGAUCAACUCCCUCGGAGAACUUGGGGUGAAAGCAGCUUUUGAAAGUGAAGCUGUAAAGAAAUUUCUUCAAUCCAAUGAGCAAUUCGACGCUGUGAUUGUGGAGUCACUUUUUACAGACGGUUUGGCAGCAUUUGCUUGCCAUUUCAAUGCUCAGCUCAUAUCACUGAGUCCUGUGGGCUCUGUUCAAUGGGUUAACGAUGUUAUCGGUAAUCCAACUCCACCAUCUUAUAUACCAAGCAUUUUCUUACAAUUCAGCGAGCAUAUGGACUUUUGGGAACGGUCUCAAAAUUAUUUGCUGAGUCUAAUAGUUUCGCUGAGUCAUAAAUUUCUUACGUAUCCUAAACACGAUGCCUUAGUACGUAAGCAUUUUCCGAAUUGUCCAAGUGUGGAGGAAAUGAAUAGAAAUGUUGCUUUAAUUUUGGCAAAUUCGCAUGAAAGCAUAACGCCUGCAUCGCCCAGAGUUCCCAACAUUGUUGAUAUUGGAGGAUUUCAUAUUAGCCCUUCAUCUGAAAACCUACCUGCUGAUUUACAAAAACUAUUGGAUGGAGCAAAAGAUGGAGUAAUAUUUUUCAGUCUGGGAUCCCAUGUUAAACCCUCACAAAUGACAUUAGAAAUGAAGCACACUCUGAUCAAAGUGCUGGGAUCGUUGAAACAAACCGUGUUAUGGAAAUGGGAUGAUGAUAAUUUUCCCGAUGGGAAACCAAAGAACGUCGUUGUAAGAAAAUGGUUCCCUCAACAACAAAUUUUAGCUCAUCCUAACACUAAACUCUUUAUCACACAUGCUGGGUUACUGAGUUUGACAGAAACCAUAUAUAUUGGAGUUCCUGUUUUGGCGAUGCCGGUUAUUGGUGAUCAGAAAUUAAACGCAGCAAGAGCUGAGUUAUUAGGAAUUGGAAAAUCACUUUUGUUUUCUGAUCUUACUGAAGAAUCUUUCGGUUCUGUUUUAAACGAACUAUUAACAAAUUCGAAAUACUCAGAAACGGUGAAACACCGCUCAAGACUCUACAAAGACAGACCUAUUCAUCCCUUGGAUUUAGCACUCUACUGGAUAGAAUAUGUAAUUAGACAUAAAGGUGCGCCGCAUUUGAGGGUCGUUGGUAAAGAUUUGCCGUGGUAUCAGUAUUACUGUGUAGACGUGGUUGCGGGUUGGACUGUACUAAUAUUGAGUCCUAUUUAUUUUCUUUAUAAAAUGAUUUCUACAUCGUGUUUUAGAAAUAAGACGAAAGUUAAGAAAUCUUAAAAUUUGAGAUAAGUAAUUUGAGGUAGCGCGUUUUUGUGUGCAUUUUUGUAAAAGAUGUGAAUAUUUGUGAUUACAGUAAAAUAAAUAAAAAUAAAUCAA